AUGUGGGAGUUCCGGUCCAUGAAUUUCUGGCGGGCGGUCUUCGCAGAGUUCUUCGGGACCAUGUUCUUUGUAUUUUUCGGCAUGGGUGCUGCCCUGCGCUGGACCACCGGGCCUCAUCAUGUCCUUCAUGUGGCCCUGUGCUUUGGGCUGGCAGCUGCCACUCUCAUCCAGUCGAUCGGCCACAUCAGCGGUGGCCACAUUAACCCUGCCGUCACCUUUGCCUACCUUAUUGGCUCACAGAUGUCUCUUUUCCGGGCCAUUUUCUACAUUGCCGCCCAGUGCCUGGGUGCUGUAGCUGGGGCUGCUGUGCUGUAUGGGGUCACACCUGGCAACAUGAGAGGCAACAUGGCAAUGAACACGCUGCAGCCAGGCAUCAGUCUGGGAAUGGCCACCACUGUGGAGGUUUUCCUCACCAUGCAGCUUGUGGUGUGCAUCUUCGCCGUGACUGAUGAGAGGAGAAACGGACGCCUGGGAUCUGCUGCCCUAUCCAUCGGCUUCUCUGUCACCAUUGGACAUCUCAUGGGGAUGUACUACACCGGUGCUGGAAUGAACCCUGCCAGGUCCUUUGCCCCUGCUGUGCUCUUCAGGAACUUCAUCAACCACUGGGUGUACUGGGUCGGGCCUAUGAUAGGAGGUGCAAUGGGCGCCCUCCUGUACGAUUUCAUGCUGUUCCCACGCAUGAGAGGUCUGUCCGAGCGCCUGGCCACACUGAAGGGCAGCCGGCCCCCCGAGAGCGAGACCCAGCAGGACUCCCGCGGGGAGGCCAUUGAGAUCAAGACGCAAGCCCUAUAA